AUGUCGUCCGAAUACGCAUUGUCCGCGUCCCACAAGGAGAUGCUCGAGAAGUCUCUUGUCGAGUCCGACCCCGAGGUCGCCGCCAUCAUGAAAGACGAGGUUCAGCGUCAGCGCGAGUCCAUUGUCCUCAUCGCCUCCGAAAACAUCACAUCCCGAGCCGUCUUCGACGCCCUCGGCUCCCCCAUGUCCAACAAGUACUCCGAGGGCUACCCUGGCGCUCGCUACUACGGCGGCAACCAGCACAUUGACCAGGUCGAGCUGCUCUGCCAGAAGCGUGCUCUCGAGGCCUUCCACCUCGACGCGGACAAGUGGGGCGUCAAUGUCCAGUGCCUCAGCGGCAGCCCUGCCAACCUGCAGGUUUACCAGGCCAUCAUGCCCCCCCACGGCCGGCUGAUGGGGCUUGACCUCCCCCACGGGGGCCACUUGAGCCACGGCUAUCAGACCCCCCAGCGCAAAAUCUCUGCCGUCUCCACCUACUUCGAGACCAUGCCCUACCGCGUCAAUCUCGAGUCCGGCAUCAUCGACUACGACCAGCUCGAGAAGAACGCCAUUCUCUACCGCCCCAAGAUCCUCGUCGCCGGCACAUCGGCCUACUGCCGCCUCAUUGACUACGAGCGUAUGCGCAAGAUUGCCGACUCGGUCGGUGCCUACCUCGUCGUCGACAUGGCUCACAUUUCCGGUCUCAUUGCCGCCGAGGUCAUCCCCACUCCUUUCAAGUACGCCGACGUCGUCACCACAACCACCCACAAGUCCCUCCGUGGCCCCCGCGGUGCCAUGAUCUUCUUCCGCAAGGGCGUCCGCUCCGUCGACGCCAAGACGGGCAAGGAGACCCUCUACGACCUCGAGAACCCCAUCAACUUCUCCGUCUUCCCCGGCCACCAGGGCGGCCCCCACAACCACACAAUCACGGCUCUGGCCGUCGCCCUCAAGCAGGCCCAGACCCCGGACUUCAAGGCCUACCAGGAAAAGGUCGUCUCCAAUGCCAAAUCCAUCGAGCACAAGCUCAAGUCUCUGGGCCACAAGCUCGUCGCCGACGGCACCGACAGCCACAUGGUCCUCGUCGACCUCCGCCAGCACAGCCUCGACGGCGCACGUGUCGAGGCUGUCCUGGAGCAAAUCAACAUUGCCUGCAACAAGAACUCGAUCCCGGGCGACAAGAGCGCCCUGACCCCCUGCGGCAUUCGCAUUGGCACCCCGGCCAUGACCAGCCGUGGCUUUGGCGAGAAGGACUUUGAGCGCGUCGCCACCUACAUCGAUGAGAGCAUCAAGAUCUGCAAGGAGACCCAGGCCUCCCUCCCCAAGGAGGCCAACAAGCUCAAGGACUUCAAGACCAAGGUCACCAGCGGCGAGAUUGCCAAGAUCAACGAGCUGAAGAAGGAGAUUUCGGCCUGGACAAGCGCCUUUCCCCUCCCCGUCGAGGGCUGGCGCCUGGACGCCGGUCUCUAA